GCGCGGGAGCCGGGCUCUUCCGCCUCUUUGUCCCGCCGGCGUCCGGGGCGCGGCGCGCUGCGGCAGCCGUCGGGUGCGGGCCUGGCUCUCCGGGCGCCCUGCCGGGUGCCACCGAGCUGCGCUCCGAGCUGCGUGACUCCUGGCGAUGCCGCCCGCGCUGGCUUCUCAUCCCCGGCUGCCUUGGCGGCCGUGCUGCACUGGAGCCACAUAACUCACCUCUUUGAAAAUGACCGUCAUUUUUCUCACCUGUCCACGCUGGAAAGGGAGAUGGCUUUCCGCACGGAAAUGGGACUGUAUUAUUCUUACUUCAAGACCAUUGUGGAAGCACCCUCAUUUCUGAACGGACUGUGGAUGAUUAUGAAUGAUAAACUGACGGAAUACCCCCUAGUCAUUAACACAUUGAAAAGGUUCAAUCUGUACCCUGAGGUAAUCUUGUCCAGCUGGUACCGGAUUUAUAUCAAAACAAUGGACUUCCUUGGUGUUCAAAGCAAGAUCUGUUGGACAGUUACCAGAGGGGAAGGACUCAGUCCUGUGGAGAGCUGUGAAGGAUUGGGAGACCCUGCUUGCUUUUAUGUUGCUGUGAUUUUUAUUUUAAAUGGACUGAUGAUGGCAUUAUUCUUCAUAUAUGGCACCUAUUUAAGUGGCAGCCGGUUGGGAGGCCUUGUGACAGUGUCUUGCUUCUUCUUCAAUCACGGAGAGUGCACCCGCGUGAUGUGGACCCCACCUCUCCGAGAAAGCUUCUCAUACCCAUUCCUUGUGCUUCAGAUGUUACUAGUGACUCAUAUUCUCAGGGCUGCGAAACUUUACAGAGGAAGCCUAAUUGCACUCUGCAUCUCCAACGUAUUCUUCAUGCUUCCGUGGCAGUUUGCUCAGUUUAUACUGCUUACCCAGGUUGCCUCGCUGUUUGUGGUGUAUGUUGUGGGGUACAUUGAUGUCUGCAAAUUACGGAAGAUCAUCUAUACACACAUGCUUUCUCUUGCACUGUGUUUUGUUCUGAUGUUUGGGAACUCAAUGCUGCUGACGUCGUAUUAUGCCUCCUCUUUGGUCACUGUUUGGGGUGUGCUGGCAAUGAAGCCACAUUUUCUGAGAAUAAAUGUGUCUGAACUUUGUUUAUGGGUUAUCCAAGGGUGCUUUUGGUUAUUUGGAACCAUUAUACUCAAGUCUUUGACCUCCAGACUCUUUGGCAUUGCAGAUGAUGCUCAUAUCGGCAACUUAUUAACAUCAAAAUUCUUCAGUUACAAGGAUUUUGAUACCUUACUGUAUUCCUGUGCAGCAGAGUUUGACUUCAUGGAAAAGGAGACCCCCGUGAGGUAUACAAAGACACUGUUGCUUCCUGCUGUCCUUGUGGUGUUUAUUGCAAUUGUCAGAAAGAUUAUUAGUGAUAUGUGGAAUGUCUUAGCCAAACAGCAGACACAGAUAAGAAAGCACCGGUUUGAUCAUGGAGAGCUGGUCUAUCACGCCUUGCAGCUGCUGGCCUACACAGCCCUCGGCAUUUUGAUUAUGAGGCUGAAGCUCUUCUUGACACCACACCUGUGUGUGAUGGCUUCCUUGAUCUGCUCUCGACAGCUGUUUGGAUGGCUCUUUUGCAAAGUGCACCCUGGGGCUGUUGUGUUUGCCGUAUUAGCAGCAAUGUCAAUUCAAGGGUCAGCAAAUCUACAAACGCAGUGGAAUAUUGUGGGGGAGUUCAGUAAUUUGCCCCAAGAAGAACUGAUAGAAUGGAUCAAAUAUAAUACGAAACCAGGCGCGGUGUUCGCGGGGGCCAUGCCCACCAUGGCCAGUGUGAAGCUGUCCGCGCUGCGGCCCGUGGUGAACCAUCCGCACUACGAAGAUGCAGGCUUGAGAGCCAGAACGAAAAUAGUGUACUCCAUGUACAGUCGAAAAGCAGCUGAAGAAGUGAAGCGAGGACUGAUCAAGCUCAAAGUGAAUUAUUACAUUCUAGAAGAGUCAUGGUGUAUAAGAAGAUCCAAGCCUGGCUGCAGCAUGCCUGAGAUCUGGGACGUGGAAGAUCCGGCCAACGCUGGGAAGACGCCCCUGUGUGACCUGCUGCUGAAGGAGUCCGGGCCUCACUUCGCCACUGCCUUCCAGAACAGUGCUUACAAAGUCCUGGCGGUCACACAAGAGUAAGGGCCAGCACAGCGGCCCACGGACGACUGCGUCAGCCGUGGGCUUAAUGCUGUGUUGUUUCCAGUUCAAGUCCCAAGACUUUAUAGGCAGCUUUUCAGAUGGGGAACAUUUCAUUUGGCCCGUUGAGUGUCAUUCUGGUUGUGCGAGUGACUGGUGUGCUUGUUGAUGGGCUACUGGUUCCGCUCGCCCUGGAAACUGGCUGUCCAAGCAGCACACACUCGACAGCGUGUGCUGAGGUGAGCGGAGUGCUGCGGUGUAGAGAUGUCUGCUCCCUGAGCACCUGGGCAUGCUCCGCCUCCAGCCCGAGCUCCUGGGUCUGCAUGCUGCGGGCGGAGGGACGGGCUGCUCCGCUGUCUGCUCUUGCUCUCUGUUGCUCUUGUGAGUGAAACACUUCCUGCCUGCAAUUUCCCAGGCUCUUAGGUGUAGUGGCGAGGACCAAAUUCCUUUAACACCCAGCCCCUGCAUAUGGUCUCCCAGCCCCCAGCUGUCAGAUAAGUGCUGUUUACUCAUUAAGUUGCUUAUCAGUACUUGUUCCUGGUUUAAAAAAUGGUAACUGUAUUUUCCUCAUUUUCAGCAUUAUUCAAAUGUUUCUAUUUUAAUACCUUUAAACCAGUUUUAAAAUUUUUCAUAUUUAAUUAUAGUCAAAGAAAAAUUAUUUUGAAGAACCCCAAAUAUGUGUAUCUAAAAGCUAAUGUAUUUUAAGUAGACAUAAUAUGCAGUCGUCAGUAGUAUCUGGUUCUUGACUAAUUUUUUGGUCAAAAAAGUAAAUGAGUCAUGAAUGAAUGAAUGGAGUUUUUCUAUUUUGCUUUCAAGAUUGCCUGUCUUUAAUAGAAAGCCUUAAGUCCCAUGUUAUAAUUUUUGCUUCUAAAAACCAUCAUUUCAGUGUGAGGAAUAAAUAUAUUUAGCCUUCCUCAUUAUUUUUUCUUCCUCCUUUUUAUUGUGAAAUAUUUCCAAAUGUGCUUUGCAUUUUUCUUAUAAAUUUUUGUUUCUUGGAAGUUAAUUUGUGUGAAAUGAGAUUGUUCAAAACAAUGAACUAUCCUCAUUUUCAGAAGUGGUUUUUGGGCUUCUUUAAUUCUAAGCAAACCGUGAGGCUUAAUCAGUCUCACAGUGCUCUCUGCUAACCGCAGGCCCCUCCCUCCCUCAGCCUUGUCCUGGGGACCUGGCUCCCCAGGGGUGGUUCCCGGAGCCGCCAGCCCAGGAGCAGCUGCUCUCUCUGCCUUCUCAGCCAGGGCGCGGGGGACUGGCUGGGGAAUGAAUGUCCUCCCCUGGCCCCAGAGCCCAGGAGACUGCACACUUGUGCGUGCUCUUUCUCAUUUGCUACUUGACAGUUUUGUUUCCUAGGGAUUUGUACAUUUCAGGAAAUAGGGAAGUAGCUGGGGAUUUGUGGAUUAGGGAUCACACCUGAGCAGUAAUGCUGCAGGCGACCUGGAAAAAACAGGAAGCGGGUACUGGAUAUCGCAGAGAAAGAGCUAGCCCGAAUGGGGACCGUGGUGCUUGGGCUGCCUGCAGCGAUCUCCUCCCAGUGCGGCUGACUUUGUACCCCCAGGAGGAAGGCUUCCGUUGUGCUUCUGAAGUUCUCCUCUGCUCUUCUCACCUUCCAGCAAUUCCCUUUUCUAGCAAGUUCACAUGGAACAACUGGAAAUUCUGUACAGCAAAAACCGUUAAAAUGCCCUUAUGAUUAUGCCAUAUGUGGAAAACAUUAAAAGUAGCUUACAUUAGUUUUUUCAGAAGAAUCCUUUUGUAACAGUAUUUCUUAAUGUAACGCCAACAACAAAUGAUGCUUCUAUUUUGGGGAGUCAGCCUGGAGCAGAGGCCGUGGGCACUCUGCUGCUAGAUACAAACAGAGUUGUGGUGGGUCCCGGGUAGAUGACAGAGCAGUAUUAAAUCUCAGUAUUUUGCAAAUUUUUAGCAUUUAAAAAUAUUUUUGCUUUAGUGUGAAGACAGUAAGGGUGGGCAAGGAGGCGAAGGAAAUAGCUGUUGACAUGACGUUUAGGAAAAGCCGUGCCGGGGCAGGGGUUCCAUGGAAAGCCGAGGCUCUGAAUGCCUGGCAGGGAGAGCGCCGUUGCAUAGGCCAGGGCCGGGAGGGGUCGAGGGUGUCGGGGUACAGGGAGACUGCACAGGAAGUGCUGUGUUUUUAUGAUUUUAUGCCACUUGUCUACAUGGACUGUAUGUGAAAUAAAAGAGAUCAUGAGAACA